GCGACGGUGACGGACGUGUUUCGGUUCGGGUGCUUUCCAUUGUAUAUUUUUGAAAGUGUCGCCGACUUUGACUGUGCAUUGCGUCACACAGAUGCGCGUCUGCGGACGAGCUCGUCUCGAUUGUUCGUCAUUUUGCACUUUUCGACUAGGGCUCUUAUGACCCGCGUUAUCGCGACGUGAUGAUGCCGUAACGUAGGCGCCCGGAAACCGGUCGAGCAACGCCAUUUUCACGGGCAUUGCAUCACUCGUUUGUUUUCAUAUUUUUGUACGGUUUACUUUAAAGACGUGAUCUGGCCUCCUAUCGACCUCCUAUUUCAUUGCUUGGAGGCUUGGUGGCUUGGAAGCGGGGGGGAGGGAGCCAUUAUUUAAGGAAGAAGAAGAAGAGCUUUGCUUGUGUGUGCUACCAGUUGCGCCAGGCCGCCGACAGAUGGCGCUACCGUCGAGUGCUGUAAACCUGUUGAAAAUCGCAUCACUGAAUACAAAUGCGUUGUAUUCAGAAUUAGUAGUAGAAGGCUUUGAUGAGGAGCAAAUCUGGCAACAAUUGGAACUACGGAACGAAAAUGAGAUAGCACACAUUUUAAAUUAUAUUUCAGUUUUUUCUGGAGGUAAAAAAUUGAUGAUCCCAGUGAGCUCCAGGAAACCUGAAUGUGAACCAAUACAGAUUGAAAAUGAUAAUUUAGCUCCAGAGGCUGAAGGCAUGUCUGAUGAGAAAGAAUCAGAGGACGAGGAUAUAGAAAUUAAAAGUAAUUCAAAGAAAAAACAUAAGAAAACGUCCUCUAUUGUAGACGAUAAAUUUUUCAAGUUACAAGAGCUAAAUGAAUAUUUAACUAAAGAAGAAAGAAAAGAGGAACGAGAAAAAGGCAAUGUUGAAUCUGAUGAUGAAUCAGUUGAUUUAUUUAAUGACGUUUCCGAAGAGGAAGAUGGAAAUAAUGGUGAGAGGUAUGCAGAUUUUUUCGAUAGUCCUGAAAGUGAAAAUGAGCAAGCUAACAAAAGCCAAAAUUCAGAUUACAAUGACAAUAAUAAAGAUUCUGAAGAGGAAGGAUCAGAAGACGAAGAAAUGGAUCUUGAUGAAGAAGAUGAAGAUCAAACAAUUAAAAAAGUAAGAUUCAAUCUUACAAAUGAUUCAGACGAGACAGAUAGCUUGGAAAAUAAAACGCAUCUUAACAAGAAAGACAAAGAAGAAAAGAUGGAAGAAGAUACAGAGGUGAAAUCUACUUUGGAGACUCGUCAAGAAAGGCUGUUAAUGAGGAUCAAAGAAUUAGAAGCUGAAGCAAUUAGCGAGAAACCAUGGCAAUUGAAAGGGGAAGUGAGUGGUCCACAUCGACCACAGAAUUCCUUGCUCGAGGAGUUUCUGGUUGUCGAUGUAAACAGAAGACCAGCACCUGUGAUAACUGAAGAGACCACUUUGAAACUGGAAGAUAUAAUAAAGCAGCGGAUUAAGGAUAAAGCUUGGGAUGAUGUCGAGAAAAAAUUCAAACCAGUCGAGACACCCUUAGAAUAUAAGAAAAAAUUGAUAUUAAAUCAAGAAAAGAGCAAAGAAAGUUUGUCGCAAAUUUACGAAAAAGAGUACCUGAAGCAAAAGCAAACAUUAGAUCCAGAGAACGAUGAAAAAAAAGAAGAAACGCCACAAAUGCAUAAUGAAAUUCGACAAAUGAUGCGUUCUCUGAUAUCAAAAUUGGAUGCGUUGGCUAAUUAUCAUUACACCCCCAAGAUGGCUAAACCAGAGAUUAAAAUCAUUAGCAAUGUACCUGCAAUUAACAUGGAAGAGGUAGCACCUGUCACUGCCACUGAUGCAACACUCUUAGCGCCUGAAGAAAUUAAAAUUAAAGAACGUGGUGAUCUUAUUGGUAAAUCAGAACGAACGAAAACGGAUAUGAAGCGCGAGAGAAGACGAAAGAAAUCGAGGCAACGGGCCAAACAAGAGGCAAUAGAAAAGAAGGAUAAAUUAAGAUCCUUGCAACCAGGAAUUGCUAAGAAGUACAAAGACAAGAAAGAAAAAGCUGCACUAGUUAAGAAAAUAACUAAAGACAGAAACGUUACAAAGUUAAAUGAAACAACGCAUAAAGUUGCAAAGUCCUCGACUGCAUUUUUUACGCAAUUACAAGAUCAAGUUAAGAGUAAAAUUAAAAAGGAUAAUUUGUCGAAGAAAAAAACUAACGUUACUUCGGCUGUAAAAUUGAAAUUGUAA